CUUUCUGCCACCUGUAGGGUAUAACCUACCAGUCAUGGCCUGUCUGCACUGGAGUUGUGCUGAACCACAGCGGGAAAAGAAAGCGCCCUCCCCAAACUGUUUUCGUCGCCAUGGAAACCUACUGUGUGUACGGAAAUAGUGAUACUGCUCAAGCUAGCAACUUUGUGAAAAAUUAAUGCAUUGUAUUAGUUCAGUUUGCUGUUUAGAUAAACCGUACUCAUUUGUUUUUUGUUGCUAAAAACUCUGAAGGGAUUCAGGGCAGGUGGAGUGAAGUAAGAGAAAAAGAGCGGGAAAAGGAAGGGGAGGAAAUGUCACUCUGCCUGUAUGAGUGUCUGAAGGCCGUUGGGCUGCAGCGUCACUAUGCCAGGUUUACCUCAGUGGGUGUUCAUCGUGCAGCCCACCUCUCAGCACUGACCAUGGAGGACUAUUCCAUCCUGGGAAUCCGCUCUAUGGAGGACAGGACUCGACUCUUCCAUCUGAUCCAGAUGGUCAAAACUCUUGAUCUUGAAUAUGAGGAUGGUGAUGAUGAUUAUGAUGCUGAUGAAGACUGCGCUGUAGCAGAUAAUAGCUUUACUUAUGAUGAUGUGUAUGAUGAUGAUGAUCAGAAGGGUGCUGUUGUGAGUAAGCUAAGUACAACCAUUUUUUCUAAACCAUCAAGCGUUCGCAGGCGGCUUGAUUUCAGUUCUGAAACCACUGAUCACCACCUGAAGCUAUCGUCUCCUCCAGAAGGCGCUGUUCAUGUCUACGCAAGUCAUAACAGAAAUAAUGAGCCAGGCCAGGGCAAAGGCUCAGCCGUAGCUCUGCAGCUUGACACUGGAAGUGCUGUGGUAUGUGGCUGCAAAGGGAAGAACAACCACAGACUGGAUGUCCAUAGUCAUCAAUCUGAUCAUCAUACAGGAGCAAACACAGAGCCAAAAACAUUUGAAGGAUACUCCAUGUACACCUCUCCUGCUAGAUUAUCACCAAAGUGUGUCAAACCAAAACCCAGGCCUGCAACAGGGGCGUUAAAUAGGUUUAGCAACAAACCAGUUGGGCACAAAGAUGGAAAACGAAUCUCUAGGAAGGAAAAACUCAUCACAGAAAUGAACAAUAACAUGGCUACUGAACACAAGCCAACACCUGUUUAUGAAUCAAAGACAACAGCCGGCUACAACUACGGACUACCGCUGAGUUCCCCUCCUGCUCCAAACAAAAAGCAACCAGAAGGGCAGCGGAUCACUGUGUGUGUGAGGAAAAGACCUCUGACACGCACUGAGUGCCGGAGAGGAGAGGCAGAUGUUGUAACAACUCCAAGUGGAGAGUGUGUGAUUGUACAUGAAGGCAAAGAGGCCGUGGAUCUCACACAGUACAUACUACAGCACAAGUUCUACUUCGAUCAGGUUUUUGGGGAGGAGAGCUCCAACGAGGAGGUGUAUCUAAGAACGGCAUAUCCUCUGGUGCAACACAUGCUCAACGGAGGCAAGGCCACCUGCUUUGCAUAUGGCCAGACAGGUGCAGGGAAGACUCACACCAUGCUGGGUUCACCCUCUGGGAGACCAGGGUUGUAUUCACUGGCAGUCCGGGACAUUUUUGCUCUCCUCUCCACCACACACAUGCACCCGCCCUUGAUGGUGUAUGUCAGUUUCUUUGAAAUCUACUGUGGUCAGCUGUAUGACCUGUUGGACCACAGAAAAAGGUUGUUUGCCAGGGAAGAUGGACAGAAGGUGGUUCACAUUGUUGGGCUGCGUGAUGUCAGAGUGGACUCAGUUAGCUCACUGCUGGAGGUGAUUUCACAGGGUACAGAAGAGCGAACACAAGGGGUGAGUGGAGUGAAUCCGCUCUCCUCUCGUUCCCAUGCCUUGCUUCAGAUUCAGCUAAGAGGUCCGAACCAGCAGAUUGCUGGCAGAAUGUGGUUUGUGGACCUGGCAGGAAGUGAGAGGGCAUCAGAUACCAAAGAACCAGAUAGGCAGAGUCGUAUGGAAGGAGCUGAGAUUAACCAGAGUCUGUUGGCUCUUAAAGAAUGUAUCCGGUCCCUUGAUCAAGAGCAGUCGCACACACCUUUCAGACAAAGCAAACUUACUCAGGUUUUGAAAGACUCAUUUGUUGGUGACUCAAUGACAUGCAUGAUUGCCAACAUUUCACCUGGUCACUUAGCAACUGAACAUACGCUGAAUACACUGAGAUACGCCGACCGGGUGAAGGAGUUAAAGGGACAGGGAGGACUCAGAGGAGGAAGAAGGGGCAAAACAACUGCCUCCCCCAAACGUAACCUGUCCAACAGCAGCAGCAGCAGCAGCAGCAGUGGAGGCAACAGUCUGGGCACCCGAGGGAAAAGUCCCCCUAAAAAGCCAAAGUUAGGGAGACAAAGAGAGGAUUUUGGCCCCACCACACCUACCAUGAGAUUGGCCACGGGGGGCACAAUUCUCUGCUCCACACCUAAAAACAUUAGAUGGGAAGAGGAAACAAGUGCAAGCGCAAUGAAGGAGAUUGGACUUGAACACAUUACACCAGUCAGAGGUUUGCUGGGGACGGGUGAAAGGAGGGAGAGAGCAGAUGGGAGGGAAGGUAGAAGAAGAGAAAGGUAUGGAAUAACUGACAGGGUUGGUCACUCAGUUGGUGACCAAAAUGUUUCGGCUGGGCUGGUCUUGGGACAAGCAGAUGAGCAGCUUUACUUGUGGGAGGUACAGAGGGAAUCUGGAUUCGACCACAGAGAGAAAGAGAAUCAGCAAUGCCCUUUAAAAGGGGGAGGAAACAAGGAAAGACGACCGAUAGAACAGAGAAGACAAGUGGAAAGCAGUAGGAACACAUGGACUGAAGUAAGAGAAAAAGAUUUACCAAAGGCUAAUGAGAAGGAUAAGGAGAGGGAGAGGCAUCUGAGAUGGUAUCACCAGCAGCUGCAGCAGUCCAUGCCCUCACCAGAUUCUUCAUCUGUUAAUCUCUUCUCACCCUCUACAUGUCUGUCUUUUUCUUCCUCUAAUCAGGCCUCUCUCUCUUCCUCUGUCUCUCCAUCUUCAAGUUCUCCUUUCCAACACUCCUCUAACCUCUCAGUUUCUGCACUUACGUCUCAUGGUUUGACAGAGAUUUUAGAUGCAUACAGAGCCAGGGUUGAGGUUAGGGCUGAGGGUAACAGAGGACAGUUGUCUGUGUUCCCCAGUGGAGAGAUUGGCUUACAAAAUGAACCCUCUCCGAGCUGCAGUAAAAAUAAGGAUGAGCUAGGUCAUGGUGAGUCAGGCGGUGUUGGUGACUUUUGGAGGGAGGGAACAGAUGAAAGAAUCAGACAAAACAGAGAUAGAAAUGAGAAGAGCAGGUCACUAAAGGCAACAGUGGAAGAAGAGUUAAGGAGGAAGGAGUGGAGACCAGCUGGAAUGGGAGGAGGAGGAGAAGAGAGGAGGUGUGCUUGGGUGGCAACAAUCCAGACAAAGGGGGCAGAUAGGAUGACAGGUGCAAUACCAGCUGAUGCAGAGGCAUUAAUGUCCAACAACUGUGACUCAGAGGAGAGGAGAGAAGAGAGCGAGGAAGAACUACAUGCCUCAGAUGCCCCAGUUGAUGGAGUGUGGAGUAAUGAGGAGCGAGAAGGAGCUGAUGGCUACAGCUUACUGUCAACCCACAGCGACAGCCUCUUUAACCACCCUCCUGCUGAGUCAUCCCAUCGACGUGCUCCAGCAGAACGACCCCUCUCCCCAGCCUGUGAACAUACCGGCAUGCCCCUUACCCCUAAUAAACCCAGUGAUCUCUCCCUUAAAUUAAAAGAUACCAGAUGCACCUCAAACAUCCUGCAUCUGCCGUUGCAAAAUGCUCAACAGGGAGUGCCAUCAAGCAGCUGCAUAGAGAAGCAAGCAUGGUUUGUUGCUCAUGCCAAUAGGUCAUGCACACUACCUCUCUCUACUCCCAUUACAAAGUAUGGAUGUAAAUUACCUGCUGAGCCCCCUAACACAUUAUCUGAAAGCCCAGCUUUCACUCAGGUACACAGCCAUCGAAAGGUCGAAGCCGAAAUGUCUGUUUUACCUCAAGAAGAAACUGCAGAUUCUCUUAGUUGCGUCAUGGACCCUCUCAGUGUCUCCUUGCUUCAGGUGGACCAACAGGUUGCAACAGCCUCUUUCCUCCAAGGGGAACAGAGCAACUCCUCAUUCUGUCCACUUGUAAGAGGAGGAGAUAACAGAAGGAAAGUGGAAAAAGAGCAUCUCACAUGUGCAGAGAUGGCGGGAAAAGUUGUAGUCGACAAGGACGAAGAAUUGCGGCUGUCAUUUUUGGAGCUGCCACAAGCGAAGACCCAGCACCCUCCUGCCUCUGACAUCAUGACAGCUACAGAUCACACUGAGCGAGGAAAAGACAUGUGUUGUGCCACAUAUGAUCACUGUGGAAUAGAAUCAAACCAUGAAGAGAGCACCAGCAAUCAGCAAAUCAGACCCAAGAUCCAUCUGUCUACACUGGAAGACAUGGAUCGCAACCAAUGGCGUGUUGUCCAGGCCCACUGGGAGCAGCUGGAAGAGAUGGAAGCUUUAUGUCGUAAAGAGGGGACGCUUCUGUGCCAGCAACCUAAUAUGGCAUUUGGGGAGUAUGUCCACAAACUGGAGGAUAUCAUGGAGAGAAAGGCUCGGUGUGUCCACAGCAUGCUAGCUCAGCUACAGCCAUAUCUCAAGCCCAGUCUUUCUAAACAACCACACAACCAAGGGAAAGAUAAUCAUGAUCCAAUUACUUGAAUUAGCUGCACUAAACAGGAAUAUUUGCUAAGUGCAGCCGAUACACUGAAAAAAUUACAUAGAAAGCUGUGUUGUUCAUGAGUGCACAAUAUAUUUUUCACUGACAGCACUAACUAUAGUAUGAGUCAGUAUGUGUGGGGUUAUUGAUUUUUUUCUCUUAGAUCAUCAGUCCUGCUACAUGCUAAUUCAGAUGAGUAUGGCGGAUGAUGAUAUUUAUUUAGUUUAUUGAAUUAUAAUUUAUUAAGUCCAUUUUAAGGCGGAGAUCUGUUACAUUACUGUGAUACUGGAAAAUAAGUUAUUUUAAAAGCUGCUAUUUAUGUACUGUUUUCAUAUCUUUUCAAUGAAACCUGAUCCAGCAGGGCUGUUCUUUUGCAAGGCCAGUCUUAAUCCAAUCUUGAGAGUUUCUCCUGGUACCAGACUGAUUAUUGUACCUCAGUUUUAGUCUAGCUUAUUUUUCUUGGUUAAAAAAAUAACUAAUCUUGAGGUUUUUCCAUGAAAAUCCCAUCAUAUGAUCCUUUUGAGACUUCACUUUAGGAUUGGAUUUAAUUAGCGCCUUCAGUGUCCCUGGUUUAAAUGUAAUCUUAAUCUUUGUUUUACCUGCACCCCACCAGACUCUUUCUGGACAAAUGCCAGCCCAUUCUGAUUAGGAUUGGUCUUCUGUUAGCUAUGGGCUUUGCUAAAACUCAGACUCUGAAGUAAUGAUACACUGAACCAAGAUGUACAACUGAUAUUUUGCCAUCCCACUAAAAACUUGAGCUUAGGUUGUCUACUGAACUGUUUACUUAGCAGGUGGCAAACUGUUUUCUGGUGCUAUUUUUUAUUGCAUUUUUGUUAGAGCAAUCAGGCUAUUUGAUGUGUUUGGGUUUUCUACUUGUUUUUCAAACAUGGUUUAAGAUUUAAU